UCAAUGUGCAGUCCUACAUUCACUUAAACAACUGCACUCAAGUCGAUGCUUUAGUCAAGUUUUAAUCGGGAAUUAGGCAACAUUAAUUUCGCUGUAUUAGAAACAAAAAUAAAUUUCAAUUUAUUCGAAUAAAAGUUGAGCGGUGGCCAGAAUUUUGUGGAAGAAUGUUGUUGAAAAUACAUUUUCUUUUACUAAUUUUUACAAUGGCUACUAUUGUGCUAGUAGUAGAAACGCGUGGAGGUCAACAUCGCCACAGUUCGAUAGAAUCUUCCGCUUAUAGCCGCAAUCAAAAGAAACAUGGCUCGCCAAGUAGCAACAGCAUACGCCGUAAAGUCGUGAAUGGCUCCGCCGUCCAUACCAACUUCAUAAAGGCAAUAACUUCAGGACAUAAAGUUAACGAAAAGUUGGCAAAAUUUCGAUCGCGGCAUCGAAGCAGUCACAGAAGUCGAAGUAGUCAUAGUAGUAGCCGUAGUAGCAGUCACAGCAGCUCUAGUUGGCCUAAAAGCUCUAACGGCCACAGCAUCUUCAGUAGCUCCAGCCGCCACCACAGUUACUCGCACGCCGAUACACCGCAUACAAGCUACCACAGUUAUAGCCAAUCCCACACACAGCCGCACCGCCCCAAUGCGCAGACUCACAAGAACACCUGGAAUUUGCAUGGAUCCAGUGCAGCGGCUGACCACAAUACACAUGGUACAAAUUCUCCCAUAUCCCACACUUGGGGUGGUCAUCAGUUGCCACCAGGCCAUAUCUACGUUGCGCAACCUUCUGGUAUUCCUUCGAGUGCGGUUUACUACGCGCAACCUCCGACGUAUAGCAGUCGUAAAAAUGAUGCCGACGAUUUUAUAAAUGGUUACCUAAUCGGGCAUAGUCUUUCCCAACAAAAUCGCCAUUCCCAUCACCAUUACUAUCAUCAUCGUUCUCAAAGUCCACAGCCAGCCGGCAGCAAUGACUUCACAGAUGCGAAAUCCGUUUCAGAAAGCAACAAAAAUAAAACUGUCACCGAUACAAAUAAAAUCAACAACACAAAUCAAACUCACUACUGGCCUACAGAUGUUCAAGUACUCUUGGCUCCCUUGAACAAUUCACUACUCCCUGAGAAUAUCCAUCCAAUGCACCAAGAUGCCAUAUUCAAGAGCCCACCAAUUCAUAUCGCUCAGACGCUUACAGCAAAUAACUUAACGUUUGAGCUACCAGCGGCCACUACAGCGUUGCCAGAUGUAUCACCAGCCAAUGGCAUAAUCUGUAUGCCUUGGCUAUUUAACGAAACCGAUCCCACUCAUCCGGAACGUAUUGUAACUAUUGAGAAAACAGUUUGUUUCCCAGCUCCAUCACCACCACCGCCGCCGACAACAACACCUUCAUCAUCAUCGUCCACGACUACAACAACAACGGAAGCUUCAGUAGAUGAGUGCAGAGAUGUAGUCUGUCCAAAUUUCCUUGACUUCAACUCAUUUACACUAGAUACAAAUUUGUGUUGCUUUACGGACAAAAAACUGUUGUCAAAUAUUGGACUUUUUGGAUAAUACGUUUUCAGACCGAUUAUGAAACUUUUAAGUAUCCAAAAGGUAGUAGUUUAUAUCGAUAAGUUAAAAAACUUGAAUUUGAAAUUUUUUUUUAAUAUUCGUAUUUAAGAUUGUCGCUAAUAAAAAUAUGAGAAUUGCUGGAUUCGGAAUCAUAUUCAGAUUUAUUUCAAAAAUAUGCAAAAUUUGCACUUUCAGGAUUAUAAACCGAUCAAAAAAAUUAAUUAAAAAAGUUUC